UCCGUAAUGUGCACUGAUCCAGACAACCACUAUCAUACAAUCGUCCAUCUCAACAAAAACCUUUCUAGAUCACAUUUUUGCGGGACAGUCGCGGCCGGAUGUCAGAAUAGUCUUUGUCUCUUUGGGUGGCGACCGGGGCAUGGAAAGUCCACUGCGCAUGUGGCUACUUGCGCAUUCAUUGUUCUCGUUCCGGGUUUGGCACUGGAGCAAUGGAUAGUAUAAAGCACAUGUGUUACUCUUCUAGCAACCGAAUCUCAACGUGAUUCACAGUUUGCUCUUUCUGUUCUCCUCGUCCUCCUGGCUUCUGCGAGCUGUGCUUGCACCUUUCUAUCGUUCUGCGAACUCUCUUUCUAACGCGUUUCAUUCUCUACUGAUUCUCAGCCGUGCUGCUCGCUGUUUAAAACUUGAACGGAUUUUCUCCGCCAAAAUUCUAACGCCUUUCAGUCACUUGGUCGCGAUGCAAUUCACUACUCUUGCUGCAUUUGCUCUUGCUGCUACCGUCUCUGUGCACGGUGCUCCAUUCUAUAAGCGUAUUGCGCAGGUCAUCUCUGACUCGACUACCAAGUGGGAGUCAGCAUGUGAUACUGCUGGUGGAGGUGCCCAAUGCAACCAAGUUGCUGUCGCGUCCUUUGGCACUCUUCUUGCCGCUCCUGGUCCAUGUGAACAGCAGAAUGCCGCGGAUAACAUGAUCGACCUUGCAAAGACUUUAAAUAACAACGCGGAUAUGAUUAAGUUUGCUCAGAUCUUUGCCCAGCAGCCCCGAAACUCGCCCACCUCACUGAGCGUUCCUUACUGCCAGUCAGCUCCGCGCAAUACAGAGCUCAAUGGGCUCUACCAGUGCCAGUUCCAGGGCGAUAACCCAACGACGUUUGUUGGCAGCAUUGCCGUUGGCGGUAACGGCACCAUUCCUUUUGGCAUGAGCGCAGCUGUCAACCCUGCUGGUUCUUGCCCCGCAAACCCCUCCGGCCCUAUCGCUGAUGGUUCACAACUUGUGGAUAUCACCCAGAACCCUGGUGUCGGUGGCACAACUGUCUCUAGCAGCACUACUAGUGGAAGCAAUAGCACCUCGAUCGCCACUCCUUCAGCCACUCCUUCGUCUACUUCUUCAGAUUCUGACUGUGAGGAAGAUCCAACCGAUUCCAUGACCACUGUUUCUCCCACCAUGUCAGCUACUAGCGCCGCUGCCGUUGCUCCGUCUGCAACUUCCUCAAGCGCCAGUGCAAACUUCAAGCUCGCCAACGGCCAGAACGCUCAGAAGCUCAACGCCCAAUUUGCUACGCUGACUGCCAGCUCUUCCUGCACUGAGGGUACCAAUGCAUGCGUCAAUGGGGCUUUUGCGCAAUGCGUAGGGGGAACGUACGUGACUCAAUCCUGUGGAUCGGGUCUCACUUGCGCCGCCCUCCCUCUCGUCAACUCUGCCGGAACGUCGAUCACCUGCACCACCAAUUCUGAUGCCUUGGCUCGCAUUGCGGCCACUGGCGCGCAGGGCGGUCUUACUGGAUAAGCGUUGGUAGUCUUCAAUGCUGGCAUAAAGUCGCUAGUCGACAUCGAUAUCCUGGUUUUUCUUCUGCGUUUUGGAAUAUGGUAUAUCAGCCGCUAUUUUGUAUCGCUAUUGUGGAAAGGAAAGGAAAUACUUAUGGUAGCAGUCCUGGCGGCACUAGUCGCUGGGUAAACUUUGUUGUAUACUAAAAUGUAUAAUCAAUGAAGACAUGAUGGAAUGAAGAGGUGGAUCGUUCUGCUCAUGGAUAUUGGUCGGGGAUUGUCCCACAGGAGAAAUAGUCCUCGGACCAUAUCCACGGCAGCACAUAUAGAUACGACCGAUAUUCAGAGGGUUGGUUUAGUAUCGAGGCGUCAAUUUAUAGACUUGACGUCUCGGAGGUCUGAGGACUGUGAUAAGCAUCUGGUGAGCGCUUCGAAUGGUCGAGCCUGUGCAGAACUAAGAUCAUCUGG